UACACCGGAAGUAGUCAUCCUGUAUACGGAUACGGAGCUGGGAGACAAAGAUGGCGGACGAGGAGAAUCUCUCGGAGGAGCCGGAGCAAUUCGACUUUCUCCGAGACCGGCAUGUUCGCUUCUUCCAGAGGACUUUGCAGGUUUUACCCGAGAGAUAUGCAUCUUUGGAGACCACCAGGUUGACUAUAUUAUUUUUUGCCUUGUCCGGCCUGGAUGUGCUUGAUGCUCUGGAUGUCAUCGACAGCAACGUCAUGAUCGAGUGGAUCUACUCAUUGCAAGUGCUACCCACGGAAGACCAAUCCAACCUCAGCCGUUGUGGUUUCCGAGGAUCGUCACAUAUCGGAAUUCCUUACAGCACCAAGGGUCCCGGGGUGCUGCAUCCUUACGACAGCGGCCAUGUCGCUAUGACGUACACGGGACUGUGCUCCCUUCUCAUACUUGGAGAUGACCUUAGCCGGGUCAACAAGCAGGCAUGCCUGGCCGGCCUCAGGGCCCUGCAGCUCAAUGACGGCAGUUUUUACGCCGUGCCAGAAGGCAGCGAAAACGACAUCCGUUUUAUCUACUGCGCAGCCAGUAUCUGCUACAUGCUAGACGACUGGUCGGGCAUGGACAUCCAAAAGGCCAUCGAGUACAUUCGAGGAAGCCUGUCGUACGAUAGUGGUUUUGGUCAGGGAGCCGGGCGAGAGUCACAUGGCGGCUGGACAUACUGCGCCAUCGCCUCCUUGUGUCUGAUGGGUCGAUUGGAGGAGGCGCUCAGUCGGCGGGAACUGGACAGAAUCCGCCGCUGGUGCAUCAUGAGACAGCAAAGCGGCUUCCACGGGCGGCCGAACAAACCCGUUGACACGUGCUACUCCUUUUGGGUGGGCGCAACGCUAGAGCUUUUAGAUGUGUUCCAGUACACCAACUUUGACAAGAACAGGACCUUCAUUCUGUCCACGCAGGAUCGAUUGGUUGGUGGUUUUGCUAAGUGGCCAGACAGCCAUCCAGACCCUUUGCACGCCUACUUGGGCCUGUGCGGUCUGUCUCUGAUCGGAGAGCCCAGCCUGAGGAAAGUCCAUCCGGCUCUCAACAUCACCCAGAGGGCUUUCGAGUGCCUCCGUCAGCUGCAGCAGACAUGGAGGGGACAAUAGCGACAACUGUGGCUGACAGGAGCAUCCGGCAGGUCAAAUCCGAGGCGGUUGGAGUCUUUCCGAUGCCAGGCCUCCGUUUAUUUGAGGACUCAGGAGCGUACAGCUCCUUAGCAACUUUGCAACGUGGCCUUGCUAUUGAGUGACUUUUCCUUAAAGCUGCCUUUUGGUCAACGGACUGCAGUCAGUGUAAGUGUUAAAAAAAAAAAAUCACCAGAGACCUGAAGACAUUCUAGGUGCCAAAUGUUCCUCCAUUGUUAGAGUGAAGGAGAACCCAUCUGCUAUGAUUCCUCGUCAAGCAGUAGCAGUAUUUCCAUUAUGGAGCGCACGGGAUCAGUAUCAUGUAGAAUGGAGCGGAAACGUUGAAGAAACCUCUUAAGCUCAAACCGUGUGCUUCUUAUGGGCAAAGCAUUUGAAGAUCAUCAAAGAACACCAAGCCACUACCUUUUUCCACGCCACUGGUUCAUCCUUAGAAGGAAAGUACAAUUAUCCUCAUCCAGUAACACCCAUAAGACACUCUAAGGGCCUCUUCAAAGCACUCUAGUUUGCUUCUAGCCUGCCUGGUUUGGUCUCCCGAGUCUCAGCCCCUCAACUCCCACUGGUUCCUCCUCCUCAUCCUCCCUUUGGCUUAGUUUACUAAUGGGGAAGUUUGAUCAGGUGUAGCACAGUUGCAGCAGUAUACCCGGCGGAGUUGGGGUCAAGAAGCACCUGCCGGGGGCCAGAGUCUUUCUUUGACUUUUGAAAGCAAGUAGAAAACAAAAGAACAGGGCAAAUAUAAAAAAAAAAAAAAAUGGAACCCAGGACAGAUGAUGUUUGAUUUUUCUUUUUGGACUAGCUCGGGACUUGCUGCUGCUCUGCGGGGCAAGUUAUUUGGAAAAAAUCAACAUUGGCGGUUUUAAAUCCCUAAAAACCUGAUUUGCUUGACUAUCCGUACCUUACUCCGUCUUGAUGGAACCACUUUAAAGGCCUUUUUCCACCAACUUGGUUUGCAAGUUGCAGCAGAUAGGAUUUGACGAAAACCAUUGAUCACUCAGAAUGUCAUUUGGAGCAUUUGAGGAUAUAUAGCUAGACAUUACCCAAAAUAAACAAAUACACAAGCUAACAUUAGCUUAUCUUGCUGUGCCCUAGCUCUGGAUGCCAUAGUAUUAUACAGUCUUCACUUUGCUGUAAAGGGCCUCUGCAAUAAAUCACAGGCACUGGUGGAGCUAGGUUUUUCCUUUGGGGUGGCCAAGGAUAUGUCAGGGGGGUCUGCAAAACUAAACAAAUAUGACAACCCCCAAACGAUUCUUGAGAAAACACAAGUAAACUUAUGUGUUCCUGGAAAAAUCAGGAAAUAUCCAAACGUCAACUAUCUGGCCUCCCACCUGGUGGGUGGAAGAAAUUAUAAUGGGAAGAAACAAUUGAAAAGCAUCAGAGCAGCUGCAGGAUACAGCACACUCACAUGCUGUGCAUGAAGCCAGACUGGCCAGUUUUGCCAAACUGGUCAACUAAAAUUAAACUUGCUGAAUCCUCACCAACGAGGGACUGUGAGAUGAUCUUGCCGCUUCUUCAGGAGCAAGCUAUGUGGAGGAGGAGGGAACGCUGAGAGUGGAGCGGGAUGAAUAAGUAAUUGGACACAUGCAUUAUUCACGGAUACUGGCGGGCAAGCUUCUCACUGCUCAACCAGCCCAAUUUUCUAGCCUUAUGACUGAAGGGCCGUUAAAUACGUCUAUAGAAUUAUUGACACAUAGGUCUCUGAUACUUAUCAUGAAAGGUGAAACGACCACGGAAUGACGUGGUCCGAUCAUACUGUGUUAGUGUCCUUUAUAUCAGAAUAUCAUCAUUAGGAAGAAAAGAUGCCAAAUGUUUAAUUAUAUGUGCACGAGGAGCUUGAGCUGCCUCUGGUUCAAAACGAUUGCAGUAUCAGAGACAUAACUGUAAAUUAGCCAUUUAUCCACCUCUGAUUUUUAAGCAGAACACAGAUAAGUGGGAUUUUGAUGCAGAUACUGAGAGGUUUGUCAGGGUAUGUAAAAUGUUUGUCAGGCAAGUGACACCGGUAAAACAUAGCAACCUAGAGGAAUGACCAUAACACACAGUCCUGUCCAACCGAGUAUAUAUCUGGUGUAGCACUCAUAGUUUGGCCUUUGACCGCAAGCCUUUUUUUUUUUUCUUCUGAAAAGACUUAUUUAGCUGUUUGUCUCCAAUGCAACAACAACAAUGUAAAAAUCUUAAAAUAUCGAUUUUUUUGGGUGUCCGCAAUCUGCUCUGUACUGCUGUUAAAAGUCAGCACUGCUGCUUUGCCAGAUGGGGGAACGAGAUCAAUUCUAAUGGAAUGAUGUCGCAUUCCAUGCAUCUUCUAAAGCCUGAGCGUACAUUCAUCAUGUUUGUGUCCUUGGGGGCGAAGACCGCUUUGAAAUGUGCCUCGCGUUAUUGCCGUUGUUCUAAUUUGCCUGCGCACGAGUAGAGCUUGGCAACAUAUGACUCUUGUCUGAUCAACAGACUUCCUUUUUAUUCGCUCUAUCAACUUUGGUGCAUUUUUCCCUGCAAUGCACCGUUUGUUUCAGUAACCGAAUGCAUUUCUGAAGGAGGACGGAAAAAAAAUAAAAUAAAAUCCACUGUCAGAUCCCUUCGAUGCUUACACAGCUUAUGCCACUUAACUUCUGACAUGAAGCGUCUCUGCCAUACAGCCACUAAUAUACAUAAUGUAACAUCACAUGUCAUUUAUUUUUUUCUAUGCUUUGUAAAGAAGUGUCCAUAAACUUUGUAAAUAUGGGACAGGAUAUGCAAAUGUUUGUGCUGUAUGUUCAGCUUUGAAUAUUUUGCGGUACCAAGCUCAGCAGCAAACACUGUACUUACUGUAUGGAAGAGAAAUAAAUUACCUAAAGGUG